UCCGGUCAAUAUAUUUCAUAAAUAUCUCUGUCUCUCUUUGCCAACCAUUCUUAUUCAUAGUUAUCACACAACCCAAAAAAAAAAACUCCUAAACAAGAAAGAGAAAGUAAGAAGAAGAGAUUAAUUUUAUCAUUAUUCUAUUACCAAAGCAUUUUGACUUUUUGUGACAAAGAGAUUUGAAGAAAGAGAUAUGAGGAACGAAGCGGGUGGUAUCAUGGUCGUUGAUCUCCAAACCGAUCCAUAUAACAACAACAAUCACCAUCGCCACGAAAUUACCGACAAUAAUGGCCACAAACCGAGGCCUAAAUUUGGCGACUUCUUGAAAGCUGACCACGACGGAAUAUUUCCUCCCGUGGUGGAUCCCAUCAUCACUAACACCAACCUAACUCACCAACGGUUUAGCAGCGUCUCGACCAUGAGCAGCGGUCCAACAAGCGGAGACGACAGUUCACCUUGCGUGAUGUCCCCUUGGGCCCGUGUCUCGCCACCUUGGGCUACGGAUUUCAACGAAGACAAUGCCCUCGAGACCAAUGGUCUCAUUGGGUCCAUAGUACGUGAAGAAGGUCAUAUAUACUCGCUAGCCGCUUCUGGCGACCUUCUCUACACGGGCUCGGACUCCAAGAACAUUAGGGUUUGGAAGAAUCUAAAGGACUACGCGGGGUUUAAAGCGAGUAGCGGGCUCAUCAAGGCUAUCGUGAUAUUCGGAGUGGACCGGGUCUUCACCGGUCAUCAAGACGGUAAGAUCCGGAUUUGGAAAGUUUCGAAGAGGAAACCGGGAAAGCACAAACGCGUUGGAACGUUGCCGACGUUUAAAUCGCUGGUGAAGAGCUCCGUAAACCCUAAGCAUUACCGCGGUACAAACUCGGUGAAAACGAAGCACCACGACGCCGUUUCGAGUCUUAGCAUGGACGCUGAGGUCGGUUUGUUGUACUCCAGCUCUUGGGAUAGGACGAUCAAGGUGUGGAGAGUGUCGGAUUCCAAGUGUUUGGAGUCGAUACAAGCGCACGAGGACGCGAUAAACUCGGUCAUGACCGGUGGUUUCGAUGACUUGGUGUUCACGGGAUCUGCGGACGGUACGGUGAAAGUGUGGAAACGUGAGAUGCAAGUCAAAACGAGGCAUGCGUUGGUUCAGGUUUUGCUCAAGCAAGAGAACGCGGUCACGGCGUUGGCGGUUAAACCGAAAUCUUCGAUGGUUUAUUCCGGUUCAUCGGACGGGGUAGUGAACUAUUGGCAGCGUUCGAAGCGUGUAUUCGUCGGUGGGAUGCUCAAAGGGCACAACUCGGCUGUGUUGUGUCUCGCUGUGGCGGGGAACUUGUUGUUGAGUGGUUCUGCCGACAAGAACAUAUGUGUCUGGAGGAGGGAUCCUGCGGAUGGAUCUCAUGAGUGUCUGUCUGUUUUGACGGGACACAUGGGACCGGUCAAGUGUCUAGCCGUGGAGGAGGAACGAGCUUGCCGCGGUAAAGAAGCGAAAGCGUCAAUGGAGGAGGGAGAGCGGAAGUGGAUUAUAUACAGCGGGAGUUUGGACAAGUCGGUGAAAGUGUGGCGCGUGUCGGAGAAGGUGGCGACGUGGAGGGAGAUGGAAGAAGAGCCAGCAGCAUCUUCCGGGUGGAAGCGCUCUCCUUCUUUGCACGACGAAGAGAGUUGCGCGUGGGGUUCACGUGGUUUGGGUAAAUAAAAAAGGAGUGGUGGUAGGAGAGGAGCAUAGUGUGAUUAUUUACGAAAAUGUGGCGUCAUCGAUCAGUUCACGAUGACCGACCGUGUCUUCACGACGGGAAGGAGCCGAAGGAUUGUUUUCAGUUUCAUGACCAAAGUCAGUCAACGAAGAGAUUUGUGCCAAAGUCAGCUACAGAGUGAGUCAAAUGUGGGCUUAAUGGUUUUCACGUAGUGAUGAGUUUUGCUUCUUCUUUUUUGGUUCUAAAUAGAAAAAAAAAAACUCGAAAACGAAAUUGUA